GAUGUUAAACCAUCGAAUAUUUGUGUCGGACUGCAAUCCCAUCGACGAACAAUUUAUAUCGUGGAUUUUGGAAUGGCUCGGCAAUAUCGUCUUGGUGAUGGCUUAGUAAGGAAAGAACGAUAUUAUGCUGGCUUUAGAGGUACUAUGCGAUAUGUGUCUGUUACGGUGCAUGAAAGACGAGACCAGGGUCCAACGGACGAUAUUUGGAGCUUGUUUUACUCGCUGAUCGAGCUUUUCCAGGGUUCUCUACCAUGGACUGCAACGACGGAGCCGAAUGACAUCGCCAAAUUCAAAAUCAACGUUAAGUUCGAUGAGUUUGGAAGGUUAAUAACAAAAGUUGCGCAAAUUACAUUCUCUGAAAUUUGUAAAUCUCGUGACCUGUGGGAAGUUUUGCUGAAAAAAGAAAAAAGAGUGAUUUUCGCAUACUGA